ACAUCCACGGUGGGGCCCACCUAGCUUCUCAUUGGAGGAACUUAAUUAAUGCGAAAGGCAAUCCGCGUCCAAGUGGAACUACCAUGGAAUCAUUAACGGCCAGGAACAGGUCCUGCUGAACUUAAAAUAACUAAACUGCCCCUAUAUUCUGUAACGACCAAAACAACCUCACGUUCACAUACCACCCACCCGUUUCAUCCCUCCACAAAUCACAACCACCACACAAAAGGACGCUACACGUGGCAAACACCCAUUCACCCCAUCCAUCUCUAUCCAAUCACACUCCAAGAGCUCCACACAAAAUCAGGAUCUCUGCAACGGUUUUCCUCGUCUUUCUCCGUAUAAAAGCACCAUUCCUAUCCAAUUCCCUCCUCCUUCCAACACAACCAGGAACCAGAGUAAAACAGAUUUGGGAAAGGAAAACCUUUUCAGGAUUCUUUGGAGAGGGGCGGUUUUCCGGUGCUGGAAAAUCGCUCUCUUUCCGACCAUCCUCUACAUUACGCAUGAAAAAACCUUCUGCAAUUGGAUGGGUAAGGAUUCCAGAAACUGCUUCUAUUAUGCGUACGAUACAUUAAGGGUAAAAACUCUUUUUAAAAAGAAAAGGAAAAGAAAGAAAUCUUUUCCUUUUACCGUUGCGCAAAUAAUUUCAGUCUCUCUGUUUUUCCUGUGACUAUUCAAAUCCGUUAUUUUUCAUCAUCUCCUCCACGAAAUCUCAGUAAUCCAUUCUUCACAGCGGAUUUCCCUUCUAGGUAAUUUAGAGAGACUGAGCACGUAGUUUUUAUCGUCGGCAGUUUCAAUCUUGCACAUAUCUCUGGUUUUUUGGUUGUGGGUACUUAAAAUUCUGUUUUCACCCCUCUUUUAAAAAUCUCGUUGACAGAAUCUGUAAGCAUUCAGAAAGACAAAUAACCUGGUUUCUGGUUGGAUUCUCCAUCAAACAUAAGAAGACCACCACCCACCUUUCUGCUCUUCUUCUCAAUCUUUAACAAGGAAUCCAAAAAUGGCGGGAAAAUAUUCGAACUCUCUUCGACAAAUGGAGUGGGUAAAGGGGAAUGCAGUUGGGUCUGGAUCCUUCGGCACUGUCAACUUGGCCAUGAACAAAUCCAAUGGCGAGCUCUUCGCUGUCAAAUCUGCUUCAUCCGGGUCAGGGUUUCAAUCACUGGAGAAUGAGGCAGACAUCCUAAAGAACCUCAAUUCGCCAUACAUCGUCCGGUACCUUGGGCAUGAUGUUUCAGAUGAAGCAAAUGGCGAGCAGACAUUCAACCUCUUCAUGGAAUUCAUGGCUGGGGGCAGCCUGUCCGACAUCACAAAGAAGUUCGGUGGUGCUCUUGAUGAGUCCGUCAUCCGGUCGUACACCCGUGGGAUCCUCCAUGGGCUUGCAUACUUGCACAGGAGCAGGAUUGUGCAUUGUGAUCUCAAAUGCAAGAAUGUGCUCUUGGGCUCAUCUGGAGACAUCAGGCUGGCAGAUUUUGGUGGCGCCAAGAGGCUGAAUUCUUCAAAAGCCAACACAAAUUCAAAGAACUUCUGGCAAUCCAUGUGCGGCACUCCCCUGUGGAUGGCACCUGAAGUCCUGAGAAAUGAAGGGCUAGACUUUGCUUCCGACAUCUGGUCUCUGGGAUGCACGGUUAUUGAAAUGGCCACUGGGAGUCCUUGGGGUGACGAGGUCUCAAACCCAAUGGCAGCUGUCUAUAAGAUUGCAUGCAGCGAUGAAACCCCUCAAUUACCACCCAACUUUUCUGCAGAAGGGUUGGACUUCUUGAGGAAAUGCUUGCAAAGGAACCCAACAUCAAGGUGGAGCAGCGAAGAAUUGCUUAGCCAUCCUUUUGUUUCUGGGAACACAUCUGGAAAGUAUUCAUCAAAGGAGUAUGCCUACUCACCAACAAGUGUACUCGAUGACCGAGGAUGGGAAUCAGAUGGAUCCGAAUCUCCAAUUGCAGAAGAGCUUCCAGCACGUAUGCCAUUCUUGAAAAGGUGCACAAAAGAAGAGAGGCAGAUGACAAAGCACCAAACACAGAUCGAUAUUGCAGCAUCAGAGUGGGUUGACGUUAGAUCAGGUUGA